AUGUUCGAGUUAAGGGUUGCCGUUUUUAUCUUCAUUUUAUUAUCAAUUCUUCACUUUGGAAAGUCUCAAGAGGGCUGUAGUCAAAUAGCAGACGCCUAUCGAUUUGAUUGCUACCCCGAAGAUGACGCAUCCGAACAAAACUGCUUGAAUCGAGGCUGUUGUUGGAGGCCACCAUCAGCGGAAGUUGAUGGAAAAGUCCCGUUGAAUAUUCCAUACUGUUUUUAUCCCACCAACUACGGUUACAAACUUGUCAGCAAAGAGAACACUCAGACGGGAUAUUUACUUAGGCUAGUUAAGCAAGGACACCCGGGACCAUACGGCAAGGAUAUUGAAAAUUUGACCGUGGAUGUUCGCUUUGAGACUCGAGAACGGCUUCAUUUCAAGGUAAGCUGAAAAAAAAAGGGUUCGAACCUUGGUUAAGUUGUUUACCGGCUUAGUGAGAUUUUUAGAUCCUGAUUUUAUUUGGGGUCAUCUUUGCUUUCUGUCGAUACCAACUGCAAUAGACGUUAACCGAGUCACGUAAAAAUGCAUUUUUUUAAAGGCUAAGCUAAUUGAUUAAAACAACGAUAUUUGUUCACAGGUCGAUUCAUCACACACUGAACUUAGAAAAUCUGCAAAGUUCUGUAAAAAUUGGCCUUAAUUUCCCAGAAAUCUGAUGGCCAAAAUUUAUUUCUUUUGGGGAGGGUAGGGGGCUGGGAAGGGGCAUAUGCUUGCACUAGACGUCUUUAGUUUGUCUUUUCCGGAUGAAGGUCACAGGGGGAAUUUUUCAUAAAUUAUGCGUGAAAUGUGCUUGUUCAGUCCACUAGGGUAUUAUCACAUGACCUACAUGGGAAAACAAAACAGCUAAAGAGGUUUAUUGACCCCUUGAACCAUGACUCAUGAUCAUUUUCUGGAAAAAAAAGGGUCAACAAACAAGGUUGAAAAACAAGAAAUUAAAGAAAAGCGUGGAGAGUUCCAGCCUCUUCAUUUGGGUAUCCUGUGUAUCACUGGGUGUCCUGUGCAUGUUGCUCAAAAGUGUAUUGACCAUAAUGUCAUUGCAUGUUCUCCAUGCCCUGCAUAGUAUACCCGGUUAGGGGGGUGGGGAGACUGCCCCCAGGUCCAACCCUUACCCUUUUACAUACUGGUUUUGAAAGAAAAGGUACCCCGGUCAUUUACUUUCUAUUGACAAAUGGUACCCCUUUCACAUACCUAGGUUAGAACUUUUAGAUGUUUUAAAACUGCUGUAAAGGCGCUGUCUUUAAAAUAUGAAUAAAUCACAAAACCAGAAUGAUUUCUCAACUUUUUCACAGCCAUAAAAUGAAUCUAUGAGCCCUUUUGGGCCUUUUUACAAACUAAAAUGACAGAUUUCCCUACCCUAUUAUAUACCUCAACAGGUGAAAUCCCUACCCUUUUAUAUACCUGAGGUCUGAGAAGGUAUCCCUUUUGGGCGGAGCCUCCAUGUAUGGGCCAUUAUCAGGAGUACCCCCUUGGGCCAAACUUCUUUAGGUGUGCUGCAUGGUUCAUUUAUAAUUGAGAUUAAGGCUAAUAUGGAGACUAGAUGUCAUUAUUACACUCUUCAAGAAUAGAGUGCACAGAAUACAUGCGAAAAAACAUGAAAUACCAAGAAUAUGUAUUCUAAUGUCUAUCCAUCCCCUUACAUUCUAAAAGCCAAAGAAUCUCCUUUUUUAAGCCUCUUCACAUGGCUGAACUUAAUUCACCUCUCACUAGUGCAUAUGUAUGACAGGAAGUCAGACAUGAGUUUUUACUUAUUAGAUUUCUAUGAACCAUAUAAAGUACCAAUUGUUACAAAGAGUGCUUCUUGGUGUUGUGGAUUUGUUAGUGCUAGUGCUUUUUACUAAUAUAUGUAUUACUACAUUCAAUUCUCAGAUCUAUGAUCCUAAUAAUAAAAGAUAUGAAGUCCCCAUUCAGACCCCAACAGUCAGCACCCAGGCAACAGAACUUGAUUAUGAUGUAAAUGUCAAUACUUUCCCAUUUGGCAUUUCUGUGAAAAGAAAAUCAACAAAUACUGUCAUGUGAGUAAANCUGAGAAGGUAUCCCUUUUGGGCGGAGCCUCCAUGUAUGGGCCAUUAUCAGGAGUACCCCCUUGGGCCAAACUUCUUUAGGUGUGCUGCAUGGUUCAUUUAUAAUUGAGAUUAAGGCUAAUAUGGAGACUAGAUGUCAUUAUUACACUCUUCAAGAAUAGAGUGCACGGAAUACAUGCGAAAAAACAUGAAAUACCAAGAAUAUGUAUUCUAAUGUCUAUCCAUCCCCUUACAUUCUAAAAGCCAAAGAAUCUCCUUUUUUAAGCCUCUUCACAUGGCUGAACUUAAUUCACCUCUCACUAGUGCAUAUGUAUGACAGGAAGUCAGACAUGAGUUUUUACUUAUUAGAUUUCUAUGAACCAUAUAAAGUACCAAUUGUUACAAAGAGUGCUUCUUGGUGUUGUGGAUUUGUUAGUGCUAGUGCUUUUUACUAAUAUAUGUAUUACUACAUUCAAUUCUCAGAUCUAUGAUCCUAAUAAUAAAAGAUAUGAAGUCCCCAUUCAGACCCCAACAGUCAGCACCCAGGCAACAGAACUUGAUUAUGAUGUAAAUGUCAAUACUUUCCCAUUUGGCAUUUCUGUGAAAAGAAAAUCAACAAAUACUGUCAUGUGAGUAAAGCUUCUUACUUUCCUUAUUUUUCAUGCCUUAAAUUUAUGUGAUGCUUAUUUGAGGAAAGUACUUUUUUGAGUGUGGUAAGUUGGAUGUGACAAGGAAUUGUUUUGACUUUGGUAUUAUUAUUUUCCAUAAUCAACUAACAGUAUUAACGUUCUUUGAUUUUGAUCAUCUUGGGACCACAGUGCCUAGUCAGGAGUGAAACUUCAGUAUUAACUUUUUUGUUCCAAAUGCGCCGCUUAUUCAAGUUAUUCAAGGGUGGCACUUAAUCAGUGUUGUGGUGUUCCGUUACAAUUCUCCCCAUUAUCUUGUUAAAAUAAUAAUAAAAAAACUUCCAAGCGACAGGGUCAUAAUGAAGGCAGGGGGCACGUGAGGGUUGGGGAUUGGUGUUGUACAAAUUUGAUUUUCCUAGCCAACAUUUUUCCAGAUACCAUCGUCGACAAGUCAUGUAUUUGCCUCACAUCCUUCUCCACUAGAGCAAGCAAAGUUGCAUUAAUAAUUAUAAACAACACAUUAAUUACGGGCUUUUUUAAAGUUCCUGACACUGUUUUUACAGAUCUAUUUGAUACAGGUACAUCAUGAAAAAUGGUUAACUGACAGACAACUAACAGAUCAUCAGAAAAUAUUGGUGGACUGACAGUCACCUUACAGAAAAAAAAAAAAAACUGGUAGUCUACUGUUGCCAGUUUGGUCAUUAUGAUAGCUAGUGCAGCUAAUUAAGCCAGUCAUAUGAAACAGAUAUUUGAAAUGAAACCUGACAAAGAAUCCCAACUGACAGGCUAGGUUGAGGCAAAUUAGUUGGUUGCUUACAAAGAUUAUACCUGCCCUCAGCAGGGCUAAAAAAUCUAGUCCCACCAGUGUAAUAGGGGCAUGUGUUGAUCCUGGGUCCACUUUGACUCUUGGCCAUGCCGCAUCUGCUCGCUGACAGUUAGAUCCUAAUAAUAUAGUACAUUUUGCCCUUAUUACCUAAUUUUUAUUUCUACAUUUUGCUGUUUUAGCUUUAAUAGUAUCGUAGGAGGAAUGGUUUUUGAAGAUCAGUUUAUUCAGCUAUCAUCACUGUUGCCAUCAGGGACAUUGUAUGGCCUAGGUGAACANCCUCAGCAGGGCUAAAAAAUCUAGUCCCACCAGUGUAAUAGGGGCAUGUGUUGAUCCUGGGUCCACUUUGACUCUUGGCCAUGCCGCAUCUGCUCGCUGACAGUUAGAUCCUAAUAAUAUAGUACAUUUUGCCCUUAUUACCUAAUUUUUAUUUCUACAUUUUGCUGUUUUAGCUUUAAUAGUAUCGUAGGAGGAAUGGUUUUUGAAGAUCAGUUUAUUCAGCUAUCAUCACUGUUGCCAUCAGGGACAUUGUAUGGCCUAGGUGAACAUGUCGAUCCUUUACUUCUUGAUGUAAAAUGGACAAGAGGAACAUUGUUUGCCAGAGACCAGGGAACCCCAGAGGUAUUUUUUUGACUAUGUCUUUGUAUUGCACAUACUGAAGGUAUCGUAAUUUGUUCCUUAAUUUUCCUAGAAGAUGUUUUGAAAGAAGAAGGAGAUGUUGAUGAGGAAGGGGAGGGGAUUGGUUGCUAUUGAACUCCUAUAAUCCUUAUUUGUAGUCCACUAGCUCAGUAUCGCUUUUAUCAGUACAUGUUAUAACAUUCUGUGUUUUAUAAUUUGCAAAAUAAAUACAGUCUAUUACCUCUCCUUAUGGACACGUCCAUAAUACGGACACCUCUCUAUUACGGACAGUUCGUCUUGUCUCAAAAAUGCUGAAAAUCAUACAUUCCCUACGUCUAUAAUACAGACACCUCUGUAAAGCGGACAAUUGGUUUUAAUUUGUCCCUUUAAUGUCCAUAUUAAAGAGGUUUGACUGUAGCUACUAGGUGGCUUGUGAUUCAAGACUGAAUAUCUUGUUGAAUUAUUAUUCCACAAGUGCGUGUUGGAUAUGAGAUGCAUCGCGCCAAAAGUUGGCUAUAAUCAUCUCAUAUCCAACAAUAAUUAACACGAGUGGAAUAAUUCUUUUAUUAAAAACGCCCACAAAAUAACGAAAAUUCUUCCCUGCUUUAUUUAUAAAAACAACCAAUUUUUCAGCUUGUUUUUAAUUUUAAGAAGACGCAUACAGUUACCAUAUUUGGAGAGCAUGGUAUACGGAAAUGGCUCAUAUACCAUGAUGGCUAAACCAAUCAUAGCUCCAGAAUUUUAUUACAUCUAAUUAAUGAUUCAGUUUUUAAUAAUAUUAUAUUAAUUUAUUGUCUCAGUUAAAACUAAUUCAUGGUGUCGUGCACUAGUCAUUUAUGUUAAAGAUUGUUUUAAUUUCUUAAUAAUUAUUAUUUGUAAAAUUAUUAGGUCUUAAGAAGCUAGUUGGAAUGAUGUGACUGAGUUACCUGUAGUUAUUGAAUCAGGCUGAGUUUGAUCAGAUUGAGGAGGGUUUUAUUCCCUGAGAACCUCCUGUCCUCCCUCCCUGGCAACCAAAAGACUUAAAGGACCUUAAACUUAGAGCAAGGGGCACACAUACACCAACCCACCUCCUGGCCAGUACCUUAUGCAUGCGACAGCCAUAUCACCUGGGCAGUGGCAGCCAUGUUCAUGGGUUGGUUUAUGUGUGCCCCUUGUUUUAAGUUUGUCUUAUUGAAUUUACUGGCACACAGAUCAGGGUAACUCCUGAUCCGCCUUCCCCAGCGCGCAUGCCAUGGGAGAACUGCUGUGGGGUUCCCAGCCAAGUCAGCUCCUAUAUGUGUUGUGUGGAGCUGGUGCUUAAAAGAGUGCUUUGCACUUGCUUCACCAGUAAAGAGCCUCUGAAGACACUGACUUUGUCCAUACAGAGGUCUGAUGGCUGUGCCAUGCUGAUGAGCCCCAAUAAGAGCAAAACAGCUGUCCAUUGCUGCCACCGUGACUGCAUAGGUGAUAUUGCUGUGCACGUGUCGGUUGGGUGGUGGCCAGGCUGUGGGUUGGUGUAUGUGUGCCCCCUGCUUUAAGUUUGUCUUACCCAAAAGACUGUCUGCUUUGGACAAUGGGCACCAAUUCAAAGUAGUUUGCUAAAUGCAGUUCAUUUUACUUCGCCUCUUUGAACCCUAUCCCAGGUCAACCUAUACCGAUAUGGCAAAUUUAGUAAAAUCCAACAAGUAAUCUAUUAUCAAUGCAGCAUUCUGAUUGGUUGAGCUACUACUAGGAUAUAUGUUAUAGCCCACUAGUAGUGAAAAGCGCCAGCUUUUUGGCGGCAAAAGUCUAGCUAAAGUAUAGCUAAAACGUUUUUAUUCUCGAUAUUUUUGACCAACUAGUUGGAUUUUACUAAAACAAUGAUUCCUCUCGCCCUCAUGGCCUCUGAGUCAAAAGCCCAUUCGGCCUUUGGCCUCAUGGGCUAUUGACUCAGAGCCCAUUCAGGCUCGAGGAAUAAUUGUUAAAUAUCUGCAUGACCAUUUCAGUAAUAGUGAUUGACAAGUUUGCCCCUGGUUAACUCUGUUCUUGAAUUUAUUUCUCUCUGAAAAUAUAGAAAAAUUCAUGUAGAUUUUCACUUUGUUUGCACUUUAAUGUUUGUUUUCAACUUUUUACUUUCUAUUUAUAGGGUCUUUCCAAUUUGUAUGGCGUUUUUCCAUAUUACAUCUCGAUUGAAAAAGAUGGAAAUGCAAAUGGAGUAUUUCUUUUGAACAGCAAUGCCAUGGGUAUGCCUGGACAUUACUAUGCCAUUCAGUACAAUGCAUUAUUAUAUGUCUCUAGUAUUACCAAGCCAGUCAAUAUUACUUUUUGCGGCUUUGUCUAGCUUGUACAUAAUCCACUUUUCGCCUCCAUUACUUGAUUCAGUGAAUGAAUUAACAAUUACUCGAUGAUGGUGAGCAAAAUAUCGUGAUUUGUCAUUGGUCAGUCGAGAUCAGUUAUUUGCCUCAGCCGAAAGGCAAAUAAUUGAUCCGCUCACCACUGAUAAAUUAUGAUCUUUUGCGAUAACCGAGUUCAAUAAUUGUUUUAUCAUUCGGUCACCGAGUUUGUUUUUCAAUGAACAUCUUCGGGAAGCUGCCAUUUUCACGCAAGAGCGGUCGCAAGAAGGAGAAAAGCGUGGUUUUAUUUACGUAUGAGCAGAAGGUUAUUUGCAGCCAAACACAAAGCCAAACACCGUUGGGCGACAUUGCGCAUGAGCAGACCAUUAUUUGUAGGCAGUUAUUUGCAGGUCACGAGGUGGGCUUUCGGCCAGUGACUCAGAGAAUUCUCGAUGUGACCAGAUUCCUUUGCUUUACCCCGUACGUUUAGGGAACUUACCACGAACAGUGUUAACGUAUUGGAUUAAGCUUAAAUUCGUUAAGUUUGUCUCAAAAAAUUUUUGCUUCUUCUUGUCGUACUUCGCGGCGUUAAUUUCCUUUAUUUGAAAGUAAUUUUUUCCUGCAAUUGCGUUAAUUGAAGUCAUAUUUCAAACACCGUAAUUAACACAAGAGUUUAGUUUCUCUAAUUAUUUAAGGUGGCCGAAUUCCUGAAACUAAAAUGAUAGCCAAAAUACUUGUCAAAUGGUUUUUGAAGAAUUUCCGCAAAGAAUGAAAAACUUUAAACUGCCGGGGGACUGGCAUUGGUAUUUUUAAGAGAUUCUAUGUGAAGUUGAUGGUGCUAAGAAAGAAUAGAACACGGCUUUCGUAUCUUUUGAAGAAUUAUGCAGAUCGAGGAGAGUUUUAUCCACCUAGGCCGAACAUUCUCCUCGGUCUGCGUUAUUCUUCAUUAAUAUAAUAUUUUUAUACUCAACCUCAUUCAAUAAUUGUUUUAAAACAAAUGCUGGAUCUAUAUAAUCAUGUACUAACGGCUCCAUCCAUCUCUUAGAUAUUAUUCUUCAACCAACUCCUGCCAUAACCUACAGGACGAUUGGAGGAAUCUUAGACUUCUACGUCUUUCUUGGUCCCAGCCCUGAUUUAGUUGUCCAGCAAUUUACAGCAGUAAGUUUUACUUAAGUCAUACUAAUAGUAUACUUUAUUGUUCUAUCAUCUGGAGACACGUUUAGUAGUCAGAGCAUGUUGGUAUCGACUGAACGUUUUGAGAACAAGAGAUCUGGGUACAAGAUGAGAGAAGUUGACAUCAGUAGAUAUGUUGAGGUUCAAUUUAAUCAUUGGUUAAAAUAUUUAUUAAUAAAAUUAAAUUUGGAAAAAUGAUUAAAUGGCAGAAAAAUAAAAAAAAUUGUUGGAAUGACAAUCAACUUACAAAAAAAAAAAAAAAAAAAACGGUAGUAUACUAAGUGCAUGUUAGCCCCAUACAGUAGUACACUGUAGUUAAUUGGCAGUGGUCAGUUGCCAGUUUGGUCAUCAUGAUGGCUAGUGCAGCUAAGCCAGUCAUAUGAAACAGAUAGUUGAAAUGAAACCUGACAAAGAAUCCUGACUGACAGGUUAGGUAGAGGCAAAUUAGUAGGUUGCUUAUAAAGAUAGCUGCCCUCAGCACUUCUGAAAAAUCUAGUCCCACCAGUGUUAUAAGGGCAUGUGUUGAUCCUGGGUCCACUUUGACUCUUGGCCAUGCCGCAUCUGCUCGCUGACAGUUAGAUCCUAAUAAUAUAGUUCAUUUUGCCCUUAUUACCUAAUUUUUAUUUCCACAUUUUGCUGUUUUAGCUUUAAUAGUAUCGUAGGAGGAAUGGUUUUUGAAGAUCAGUUUAUUCAGCUAUCAUCACUGUUGCCAUCGGGGACAUUGUACGGCCUAGGUGAACAUGUCGAUCCUUUACUUCUUGAUGUAAAAUGGACAAGAGGAACAUUGUUUGCCAGAGACCAGGGAACCCCAGAGGUAUUUUUUUGACAAUGUCUUGUGUAUUGCACAUACUGAAGGUAUCGUAAUUUGUUCCUUAAUUUUCCUAGAAGAUGUUUUAAAAGAAGAAUGAGAUGGUGAUGAGGAAGGGGACCGGCCAAAGGGGAUUGGUUGCUAUUGAGCUCCUAUCCUUAUUUGUAGUCCACUAGCUCAGUAUCGCUUUUAUCAGUACAUGUUAUAACAUUCUGUGUUUUACAAUUUGCAAAAUUAAUACACUUCUAACCUCUCCUUACAGACACCUCUAUAACAGUUCAUUUUGUCCCAGAAAUACUCAAAAUGAUGCAUUCCCUACCUCUAUAAUACGGACACCUCUGUAAAGCAGACACUUGGUUCUGUCCCUUUGGUGUCCGUAUUAAAGAGGUUUGACUGUAGUUAUUAGGUGGCUUGUGAUUCAAGAUUGAAUAUCUUGUUGAAUUAUGUCUAAUUAUUAUUCCAUAAGUGUGCAUUGGAUAUUAUGAGAUGCAUUGUGCCGAGUUGGCUAUAAUCAUCUCAUAUCCAACAAGCGUAAGUGGAAUAAUUGACUUUUAUUAAAAUUGCCCACAAAAUAAUGAAAAUUCUUCGCGACUUUAUUUGUAAAAACAACCGAUUUUCAGCUUGUGUAUUUAAGCAGACGCGUGCAGUUACCAUAUUUGGAGAGGAUGAUGUACAGUAAUGGCUCUAAUCAUAACUAUAACAAAAUUGUCAAAUCUGAUUGGCUAUCAACUGCCCUGAUUUCAGCCUUAAUUGGACAAUUUAAUAGGACAGUACGCGUCAUGCCUAAGUAAUUGGUUAGUAUGCGCCAUCACGCGCACGCUUAAAUGGCUUUUUUUUCACUGCUAGCAAAACAAAAUUUCGAAUUUCUUGUGUUUUGAUUUAAAAAAUAGCCUAUUAUAUCACAAAUUUUGUUAAAGUUAUGAUUAAUUNCUCUAAUCAUAACUAUAACAAAAUUGUCAAAUCUGAUUGGCUAUCAACUGCCCUGAUUUCAGCCUUAAUUGGACAAUUUAAUAGGACAGUACGCGUCAUGCCUAAGUAAUUGGUUAGUAUGCGCCAUCACGCGCACGCUUAAAUGGCUUUUUUUUCACUGCUAGCAAAACAAAAUUUCGAAUUUCUUGUGUUUUGAUUUAAAAAAUAGCCUAUUAUAUCACAAAUUUUGUUAAAGUUAUGAUUAAUUGGUAACAGAACUUCGUGUAGUCCAAUUCAGUCUGUAAUCAUACUUGGAUUAAACAAAACGGACUCCCGCUACGGGGUCGUCCGAUUUUGUUAAUCACUCAGUCCUGUUACCAUUACAUAUACCAUGAUGGCUAAGCCAAUCAGAGCUCUAGAGUUUUAUUAUCUAAUGAUUCAGUUUUUAAUAAUAUCAAUUUAUAAUCUCAGUUGAAACUGAUGCAUGGUGUUGUGCACCAGUCAUUUAUGUUGAAGAUUGUUUUAUUUUCUUAAUAUUCCAACCUAAAGGAGAUUAACUACAUCUCACAUUCCAACAUUAGAGCCAGUGUUGAAACUAGCCCUCCCAAGCUACACAAUUUACUCCAAUUCUCUCCCCCCUUCCAUCCUUGACCUUUUAUGGACCUCCCCCGAGCUUCGCGAGUUUCUGCGAUAAACAUAUUUCUAGUUAUUUGUAAAUUAGGUCUUAAGAAGCUAGUUGGAAUGAUGUAACUGAGUAAUACCUGUAGUUAUUGAAUCAGGCUGAGUUUGAUAUGAAGAAUUGUGCAGAUUGAGGAGGGUGUUAUUCACUGAGAACCUCCUGUCCUCCCUCCCUGGCACCCAAAAGACUUAAAGGACAUUAAACUUAGAGCAAGGGGCACUCAUACACCAACCCACAUCCUGGCCAGUACCUCAUGCAUGCGACAGCCAUAUCACCCGGGCAGUGGCAGUCAUAGUCAUAGGUUGGUUUAUGUGUACCCUUGCUUUAAGUUUGUGUUAUUGAAUUUACUGGCACACAGUUCAGGGUAACUCCUGAUCCGCCUUCCCCAGUAUGCAUGCCAUGGGAGAACUGCUGUGCAGUUCUCAGCCAAGUCAGCUCCCAUAUGUGUUGUGUGGAGCUAGUGCUUAAAGGAGUGCUUUGCACUUGCCUCACCAGUAAAGGACCUCUGACUUUGUCCAUACAGAGGUCUGAUGGCUAUGCCCUGCUGAUGAGCCCCAAUAAGGGCAAAACAGCUGUCCGUUGCUGCCACUGCAUGAGUGAUAUUGCUGUGUACAUUCAUUAGGUAGUGGCCAGGCUGUGGGUUGGUGUAUGUGUGCCCCCUGCUUUAAGUUUGUCUUACCCAAAAGACUGACUGCUUUGGACAUGGGCACCAAUUCAAAGCAGUUUGCUAAAUGCAGUCUAUUUUACUUGACCUCUUUGAACCCUAUCCCAGAUCAACUUAUACUGAUAUGGCACAUACAUCUGCAAGACCAUUUCAGUAAUAGUGAUUCACAGGUUUGCCCCUGCAUGGUUAACUCUGUCAUUGAAUUCAUUUCUGUCUGAAAAUAUAGAAAAAUUCAUGUAGAUUUUCACUUUGUUUUCACUUUAAUGUUUGUUAAUUUCCAACUUUUUACUUUCUGUUUAUAGGGUCUUUCCAAUUUGUAUGGCGUUUUUCCAUAUUACAUCUCCAUUGAAAAAGAUGGAAAUGCAAAUGGAGUAUUUCUUUUGAACAGCAAUGCCAUGGGUAUGCCUGGACAUUACUAUGCCAUUCAGUACAAUGCAUUAUUAUAUGUCUCUAGUAUUACCAAGCCAGUCAAUGUUACUUUUUGCGGCUUUGUCUAGCUUGUACAUAAUCCACUUUUCAUCUCCAUUACUUGAUUCAGUGAGUGAAUUAACAAUUAUUCGACGAGGGUGAGCAAAAUAUCGUGAUUUGUCAGUGGUGAGCAGAUCAGUUGUUUGCAUCAGCCGAAAGGCAAAUAAUUGAUCCGCUUACCACUGAUAAAUCAUGAUCUUUUGCGAUAACCGAUCGGAGUUCAAUAAUUGUUUUAUCAUUCGGUCACCGAAUUUGUUUUUAAAUGAACAUCUUCGGGAAGCUGCCAUUGUCACGCAAGAGCGGUCGCAAGAAGGAGAAAAGCGUGGUUUGAUUUACGUAUGAGCAGAAUGUUAUUUGCAGCCAAACACAAAGCCAAACACCGUUGGGCAACAUUGCGCAUGAGCAGACCAUUAUUUGUAGGCAGUUAUUUGCAGGUGACGUGGUGGGCUUUCGGCCAAUGACUCUGAGAAUUCUCGAUGUGACCAGGGGUGCUUACCAUUUGACAGAAAAUGUCGGAAAUUCCGGAUGGAAGGUAAAUGGUAAGGUCACUUUUCGGAAAUUCCAACCGAAAAUUGAGGAGUACGUUUUGAGGUAGUCCCUUCAUUCCGGUUGGUACGAACCACACGGAAUGUUGCUUACCAUUAACCAAUUUCUCGGUUCCUUUUCGGUUCCAGACUCACGCUACACAAAUUUGCCCUUUUCUUGAAUUCAAACCCUAACGGAUGUGGCAUUUCUACGGUAAACUGGUAAAUCGCUUACCAUUAUACUUUCGAAACCCCAACCGGAUUUUUGUGUCAAAUGGUAAGCAGCCCAGAUUCCUUUGCUUUACCCCGUACGUUUAGGGAACUUACAACGAACAGUGUUAACAUAUUGGAUUAAGCUUAAAUUUGUUAAGUUUGUCUCAAAACAAUUUAGCUUCUUCUUGUCGUACUUCGCGUUAGUUUGCUUCAUUUUGAAAUGUUACCUUCUCUUUCGCGGCGUUAAUUUCCUUUGUUUGAAAAUAAUUUUUUUCCUGCAAUUGCGUUAAUUGAAGUCAUAUUUCAAAUACCGUAAUUAACACAAGAGUUUAUUUUCUCUAAUUAUUUAAGGUGGCCGAAUUCCUGAAACUAAAAUGAUAGCCAAAAUACUUGUCAACUGGUUUUUGAAGAAUUUCCGCAAAGAAUGAAAAACUUUAAACUGCCGGGGGACUGGCAUUGGUAUUUUUAAGAGAUUCUAUGUGAAGUUGAUGAGGCUAAGAAAGAAAAGAACUCGGCUUUCGUAUCUUAUGAAGAAUUAUGCAGAUCGAGGAGAGUUUUAUCCACCUAGGCCGAACAUUUUCCUCGGUCUGCGUUAUUCUUUAUUUUAUACUCAACCUCAUUCAAUAAUUGUUUUAAAACAAAUGCUGGAUCUAUAUAAUCAUGACAUACUAACGGCUCCAUCCAUCUCUUAGAUAUUAUUCUUCAACCAACUCCUGCCAUAACCUACAGGACGAUUGGAGGAAUCUUAGACUUCUACGUCUUUCUUGGUCCCAGCCCUGAUUUAGUUGUCCAACAAUUUACAGCAGUAAGUUUUACUUAAGUCAUACUAAUAGUAUACUUUAUUGUUCUAUCAGCUGGAGACACGUUUAGUAGUCAGAGCAUGUUGGUAUCGACUGAACGUUUUGAGAACAAGAGAUCUGGGUACAAGAUGAGAGAAGUUGACAUCAGUAGAUAUGUUGAGGUUCAAUUUAAUCAUUGGUUAAAAUUUUAUUUUCCUUUGGUUUGGAUAUGGUAAUGUAUGAUAACGAGCUUGAAACAAAGGAAAAUAAAAUUUAAGCCAAGGAUAAAAUUGAACCACGUCACGAUAGUAAUUUGUGUAUCUGUCGUAGAAAAAAAAAAACAUUCCAAUCCCGUACAAAACAAAGCAUUCCGAAAGUUAGUAUUAAUGUUUAGAGAAACUUCGAGAAGGCAAGUAAUGCUUUAGAAACACAUUGUAAUAAACUAAAAUCGUGUACUUAUCAGUCUAAUAGUUUCGUCAAAAAUAUCGGGGACCCAUGAUUCUGUGUGGUCCAUAUUCAGUCACAUACGUUAGUUCGAAGUAACGGUAGAAAAAGAAGACUAUAUAAAUACCAGCCAAGGGCACAAACGUACAGGAAAACGACAAGAAUUGAGAUGAGAUUGAUUUGCUACCAUCUUACAGCGUAGCGUUGUAGAUGUUAUUAGAUGACUUACUGCUUAUACGCGGUGAAAAUAGUGCUGCGUUCUUGAUGUUAAAACUUAGGACAUUUGAGUACUUCUAACCUUAAAACUUCUAAAAAAGUUAGGAACUCAGAAUAGUGAAUUCUCAAGUCACGCCUUAGUGAUAACUAUGAGCUAAUACUACUUCAUCCACUAUCAGCAGAGCCGUUCUUCGCUGCCUUGAUUUUAGCGUGCUCUAGAAAGACUCUGCAUAAAUGCAGUAAGAUCUUUGUUGAGAAUGCGCGGCAUGUUGCUAGGAUAUAGUUUAAAACCCAGGCUUAAUAUCCAUGCGCUUGCUACAGCGGGUUACGACCGUCGGUUUAGAUCAAUAAACGAAUGCUCGCACUCGAAAAUCCCGUUUGACGAGAACAAGAUUGGCUAGUCCUGAAGCUCGGGCUGCGAUGACCUCGAAGGUUUGCAGGGACGUGAUUCAGGCAGUCUCCUUUUCUCGAGCUCUGCUCGCAGGGUGACUACUUCAACUUACGUUGAACGCUUCUGACGCGCAAUUGUGUCAAAAGUACUUCAUAAUUUUUGAGUCUUUUAAUUGUUGUUUUGUAUUAUGCAAUAAUAUUUGACAUACACUGUAAGAGUUCCACUUUAUACUUGCCUCCAAUCGUGGUUCACGUUUAUCGACAAAUUGAGCUUUAAUAUCAAUAUUUUUCUCUUCAGGUGGUUGGCCGCCCAUAUAUGCCCCCGUACUGGGGUCUGGGAUUCCACCUUUGCCGCUGGGGAUAUGGAAGUUUAAAUGGCACUAUGACAGUGAAUGACAACAUGAGGAAAUAUGGCAUUCCGCAGGAUGUUCAGUGGAAUGAUAUUGAGUAUAUGGAUAGGCAUCUGGACUUUACUGUUGACAAUAACAACUGGGGAGGUCUAGGAGAUUUUGUAAAGAAACUGCAUGGCCAAUAUCAUCAACAUUACAUUCCAAUUGUGGUGAGUUGCUCUAGUCUAAGUUAGCCCCCUAAUUUCAGCGAUCUUCUAGAGUCGCAAACUCUCUUUUGGGAGUUUGCGGGGCGACGGCUGAAAUUCAGGCUACUCUUAAGUAUUUUUUACAAAAAUCUUCAUCUUUGCAGUAAAAGAUGUGUUGGCUUUGACUGCAUCGUUGUUAAAUGUCUUUUCUACUACAAUUUCUUCCAUCUUUUUGUGGUUUAAUUAAAGUUAAAAUAAUUUUAUGUUGUUAGACUGUUCUGUAACAUAAGAGCAUAUCUUAGGCAACAUAGACGUCUAGGCCUUCCAUUCCUUUUCUUGCAUUCUGUUUUUUCCUUAAACGAAGAAACCUUUUUGGCCUCCCGCCAUUUUUAUUUUGAACAGACUAAAGUAAUACGUGAUCCAAAAUGGCGGCUCACAGUUCUGCUCACUGGAGGAGACUAGAAUCUCUCACGGAUUGGAUUGACUUUGAAGACCUAGAGACAGUCAGAGACCAAAAACUUUGUUUUCCAUCAUUUUAUUAGUGAUAAAAAAAGAGAGCAAGGACCUUUUGUGGAGAUACCCUAAAAUUCCGAAAAUUAGCCCCUCCAUGUACAAGCCCCUCCAAAUAUAAGCCCCCCAAACUGGUAACACAAAAAAAACCCUGCGUUAAAUCGCACCUCCAAAUAUAAGCCCCCCGGGGGCUUGUACUUGGAAAAUGUCCCUCAAAUACAAAGUAAAACAGAGCAAGAACAGUAAAUUUACUUCCAACUAUAAGGCUAGCCCAAUCGAUUUUGAAACGCGAGUUUCCUUCCGUAGAUAAGCCCCUCCGAAUAUAAGCCCCUCCAAAAAUAAGCCCCUCAAAAGGGGCCUUUUGAAAAAUAUAAGCCCCGGGGCUUAUUUUCGGAAUUUUACGGUAAAUUUUUGCUUCAUUUUCAGUGACUUGACAUCUAUAAUUUCUUUUCUAUCUCAGGAUCCUGGCAUAAGUUCCACUCAAGCAAGGGGUUCUUAUCCGCCAUAUGAUGUUGGACUUGAGAUGGGCGUUUUCAUUAAUUCAUCGACUGGCGAAACUUUCAUUGGCAAGGUAAUUAUAAACGCAAACUGAAAUAUAAUCUACUAAUUAUUGCAGUUUCCAUAUAUUUUUGAGCAGGUUUAUUGGUCUAAAUCUAUCUCUUAUUAAAUGAUACAAACGAAAACGAAAGAAAGAAAAAAAAAGGGAGAGAGAGAGAGAGAGAAGAUGAUUAUUUGGCGGUGAAUCACGGUGAAUCAGAAAAUCUUAAAAUUGCCAGACAAUUACAGUAGGAACUGCGUAUUUUCAAAAAACCGUCUUCAUAACGGACGAAUAAUUUUUUUGGGAAACCUGAGUCCAAUUUCAACUUCAUUCCCGUAAAACAUAGGUUCGCUAGGGUCUGUGGGAAAGCCCUCAGUAUAGCAUACUCACUUGGCUAAUAGCCGUCCUGUCGAACUGGAUAACAAAAAAAGAAUAUUCUCAUUACUGCCAAAAGAGCAACGAGACAGUACAACAGAGACCAUUAAUAGGAUAAAGAAUACCAUGACAAAAAUAAUCUGCGUUUUUGGUUUUGUUUGAAACGUAUUUUGGAAAUUUCCAGGUUCUUGGGGGCUUUUUUUCAAACACUCCAGAUUUGUAUCUUUUAAGGGUUGGAAGGUCUGGUAACGAUUGAAACUUCCAGGUACUUUAGCCAACAUUGAUAUUGAAAUUGUCGUCUUUUCAUUCAUCAAAAAACGUUCGCAGCUGGUGUUUUAUCAAUUAAAAAGAUUCAAACAAAAAGCAAAGAAAAAGAAGGAAACAAAAUAAAAAAAACUUCGAAGUAAUUUUGGGUUUUUCUGUUCCGUUAAUCAUCUUAGCGGACCUCUUAGGUAACACAUGUUUCCUUGAACGAGCUCAAAAUGUCAUGGUUUGUGAUUUGUGAUUGAUUCUGUUUUGUUUGUUUCUGCGUUUCAAAGUUCGUUGCCGGUGUCGGUGAUCGUCCUGUUUUGGGCAAUAAUCGACUAGUUUGAAUGAAUGAAUGAAAACUUUAUUUAAGUGUCUAUGUUUUUAGCUAUAAGCUAAUGGGGGACACUGUAAAAUAAUAUGUUAAAAACCAGGUACGUAGCCACUGUAGCUUGCACUAGUGGCUGCAAGCAUCGCCACCUGAUUUACACCUGAUGGGUUAAUUUUUCGAGAUAUAUAUUUUUUCAAUUGUUGACAAAGGUAUGGCCAGGACUGACCGCAUUCCCAGACUUCACUGACCCUGGGACACAGGCUUACUGGGAGCAGAUGCUUUCCAAGUUCAGAGAUCUUGUUGAAUUUGAUGGUCUGUGGAUUGAUAUGAACGAGCCUUCGAAUGAGCUGGAUGGAUCUACAAAGGGAUGUCCUGCCAACUCGCCACUAGACCAUCCACCGUAUAAAACCCAUGUUAGCGGAGAUAACUUGUACUCAAGGACUCUGUGUAUGUCAGCAAAACAUCAUAGCUACUCACAUUAUGAUGUGCAUAGCUUGUAUGGACUCACGGAAAUGGAGCAGACAAUGAGGUACAAUAUCACUAGCAAUGCUAACAUGAUUUUUAUACCUUGAUCCCAGGGUUGUAUGAUUCAGACUCAAAAGAAAUCUAGACAGAGGCCACAACAAUCCUUGUUAGGUGAAAUCGCCCGAUACAAGUUGCCGAUUCCCAGAGUUUUCUCUAUUAUUAUGAGACCGCUUGUCUAUAUUUAUGAAUGGAUCCUCGUAUUACCGACAGCCGCUCAUUAUGGUCACAGCCGUGAGGAAAACGCAGACACUUUGUUACCCUAGUGAAACCCGUGUGUAACACCGGGUAACACCUCCGACAGGAGGCAGCAAGGAAGAGCGGUUAGAGCGCUGGUUUUGCAAUUUGGUGGCUCCGAUUUCAAGUCCCGUUCUUACCGCUAGCUCGAUUCUUUCACGAUAGUCCCAAGUUCAAAUCCUCGACCACGCUCGUAAAUAGCCAGCUGGUUUGCCUCCGGCCAGUUGGGAUUCUUAACCCUGUUAUGUUUUAUUUGAAUUAUUUGUUACAGUAAUUUGCUUGGCCCCACUAGAAUAUAAAGUGCUAUAAAUACUGCCGAGGGUAAAUAAAUGAAUUAUUUAUUUAUUAAUUUUUAUAAACCCUUUCAUAUAAAGUUACGAUUUACAGACAGAUGGUCUGUUCACUGUUCACAUCUUACCACUGGGAACUUAAAUCUCACCGCUUUUAAGCAGUAACAUGUUCAGUGCGUUAAAAGCGGAAGUGUAGAAUAGGCAUGGACUAUCUGAUUUUAAAAGGUUACAUUUGAAACAGUUACCAAUCAUUUAUUUCAGUGGGGAAAAAUUUUAACGAACAAAGCUUCCUAGGUUUGUGCAUGAGUUAAAAGAAGAAAGAUACAGACGGCCUUAAAAAAUGUAUCUUUUUUUUACCUAGAUCGCGACGUUUUGACUUCUAACUGACAUUCGUCUUUAGUGGAUAAAGUACACAUUUAAGUUAAAUACCCUCCUCACAGUAGUCUGAAAUGUCGUACAUCUCCACCCUCUAACCCGAGGGGGGAGGGGGGGAGGGAAAGACUCUCUCUCCCCGGCGCCCCCACGGGUUAGGGGGGUGGAGACGUGUGACAUUUCAGACUAUCCUCACAGAUGAGGGUGACACGUCCCCUUCCUCAUGAUUCACGCAAAAGUAUUUAAUUCAUAAAUAGUCACGAUGAAUAAAUAACGCUCUCUAGUGAUUAUGACUAGUGAGCUUUGUUUGUUUACUGCCGUUGUGUGAUUUUUUCCUUGUCUCUUUCAGCGCACUUAAAAAACUCUUAGGAAAACGAAGUGUGGUGAUAUCUCGAUCAACAUUUCCCAGUGCUGGCCUGCAUGGUGGACACUGGCUGGGUGAUAAUACCGCCACAUUUAACGACCUUUAUCUUUCAAUACCAGGUGACUUAACAUUACAAAAUUAUAAGCAUUUCUCUAAUUUUAAUUGAUCGUCAAUAAAAAUGAUAGAACAAGACCUAAAGCCUUCAUGAUAGUUUUUUUCGCUGAUAUUUUUUUUUUGGAUCGCGAAAAUUACGAAACGUUAUCAGGAAAAUAAGUAAGAAAGGUAUCUUCCCUUCAGUGAUGCUUCUAUGUUCCUCACGGUAGUAAAACACAUUUUUAUCACGAUUGAGAUCUGCGAGGCUGAAGGCAGGCGUUUAGAUUUGUAGUAGAUUAUAGUGACAAAUUUCCCUUGAGCGAAAUCAGGCACUUUUUGUAGUGUGUUAAGUCUCUAGUUUGUGCACGGUGACUGCCUGCGUUCUUUUAGCAUAGUUCUUUAUUUAAUGUUUUAUUACAUCCAAUCAUUAGGAAUCUUGAAUUUUAAUCUGUUCGGCGUUCCUCUUGUUGGAGCAGACAUCUGUGGAUUUAACGGCAACACAAAUAAAGAACUUUGUGCAAGGUGGACGCAGCUGGGUGCGUUUUACCCCUUUUCCAGAAACCACAAUACAAAAUACGCAACGGUGAGUUAAUAACACUAGAACAGAAAAUAAGCGGAAAAACAAGUUGAGGUUUGAAAACAUACACUGACAAACAAAAUAGAAAGCUUUAGACUCGAGGAAGAGGACGACUGCGAGGACAAGAUUUCACUUAAAGUUUUUUCGCUUAUUUUCAAAAAAUAGACACCACUGAAAGCUUCAUUUUACCUUUUUUCACCAAAGUUGGCAGGGUUAUUUGUAUUGAGAGAAGAUACUGCCCUCCCGAUCGGGAAAUUGAUAUGAAAGGUACUGACCGUUGAUAACUUGUUGACAUUCCCGCUAAAGCUCGUAGUAGAAUGAUGACGGCUUCACGUUUUCCAGCCAAAAUGACGCUGGUUCACGAGCGCGCACCACUUAGUAUGGAGAAAACCGCGUAUUAGUGGUCAUCCUCGUCUUAGAAUCUAAAGUUCUCUAAUAAUUAUUUAUAAUACUCAUGUAUCCCGCUUUUCCUUUGUUUUCAGUCUCAGGACCCCGCAUCCUUUGGGGCGGAUUUUGCUGGAAUGGCACGUAAUGUGCUGCUGACCCGCUACCUGUUGAUACCAUACCUGUACACUUUGUUUGCGCAGGCGCACACGCUAGGUAGCGCUGUGGCUCGUCCUUUGUUCUAUGAGUAAGUACCUUAUUGAGUCGAAUAGCGAAAUCUCUUUUGCGUUAAACCGUUUCUCCGCCUGUUAUCCUUGAUUUUUCACGUUUCUUGAAGGGCGCUGUCACAUUGAUAUGGGCAUCCCCAUUCCCAAACCCCUAAUUCAUAUCGCUAAGGUAAUAUGAUAAGGGGAUGCCCAUAACACUACUGUUUUGGGAAUGGGGAUGCCCAAAACGCGGGGAUGCCCAUAUCACUGUAACAGCGCAAUGCCCUCCUCAUGUAGAGCGUGAUACUAGACGGGUAAAAACUGCCGUAGAAAGCCUAUACACAAAAUAACUAACCUCUGGUGCUUCUUUUAUCCUGUGCCCAUUCAGUUAUUUGUUGAUUUUUCUGUUUAUUGUUCCAACCUCGUACCUAAUGCCCCUUCCCUUAGAACAUGGAACGGCCUCCCCCCUCCCCGCCCCCCCUCGCGUUGUUUAAUGAAAAAGCCUUGGAGACGAGGUUGUUAUUAUUUCAAAUACUUUUUUCAUUCAAGGUUUCCAAAAGAUCAAACUACGUACCCCGUUGACCGACAAUUCCUUCUUGGUCCGGCAUUACUCAUAACCCCAGUAUUAACACAGGUAAGUAUACCAAGUCAGAUUCUGUACGGUACAGCAGUACAGUUUAACGCAGGUUCCGCGAAAGAUCGUAGAAUUUAAGCAAAGUUUUCUUGACUGUCCGAGCUUAUUAGAAUUUUCGCUUGAACUCUUACCUCAAGAUCCAGUUCUGACAAGAAGGAUGAUACUCUAAACAAUCUAACACAGUAAUUUUCAAGGAGUUAUAAUAACUCCUCCAGUGGGGUUAAUAUAAUUUAAAUUCUUAAACUGGAGUUAUUUUUUUGGGAGUUAUUUCAACUGCAAAAGGGAGUUUAAAGAACUCUUUUUCCGGGGUAAAACGCACCCCAGAUUUGGAGUUAAUAUUCAGGAGUUAAAAUAACCCCCAAAAAGGAGUCAUCCUGGACCUGAAAUUUUUACUCCAUUUCUGGAGUUAUAAUAACUCCGUGAAAAUUAUUGUGAAAGGACGAAAAAUGCGAUCGUAGAGUUAUCCUGGUGUAGUGCUAAUCGGAUUUUCAGGAAUCGGGUCUAGGGUGGUACCUAUGCCUAGCAUCAUCUUUAAGCCGUUUGCAUUUAGUUCCGGCGUUUGCUCAAGAUAUAUUUAUCCCACCCACCUCCCCCCCCCCUCCCGUUAUCCCCGCUAUCACUCCUCCAUUCUCGUUGUCAUCUAAUUAUUAUUAUUGUUUGUUUACUUUUAAGGGAGCUACCUCAGUCACCGGUUACUUUCCGGAUGCCACGUGGUACGAUGGAUCCGAUGGUUCUGUUCUCCAAUCAUCAGGAAAUGGAGGUCAAUAUCACACGCUACAAGCUCCCUGGGAUAAGAUUCCCUACCACUUUAGAGGAGGAUAUGUCAUACCGACUCAACAACCUGAUAUCACUACGUAUCAAAGGUAAUGUUAGCAUUAGGCAUGCAGGAAUAAAGGAUACGAAAACGGGACAAAAAGCGCUGUGAUCUUGAUGUGCUGAUAUUUCUUUAUGCGCGUAGUCUGGCCCUCCUCUCCCUGUCAAGCAACGCUGGGAGAGGAACGGUCAAUAUUGUGACGUCAGCGUUUUGAUAAAAAUGUGUCAUUUGCAUUCAUACAGUUUUAAAAUAGCUCUAUAUGGCAGAAAGCUACAACUGCAUGAUGGGCUCCUGCUUUAGGACGUAUUCUAAGGUGACUCUGUCUUGUUGGUUUGGUUUCAGCCGUCAAAAUCCAUUCCAGCUUAUUGUAGCUUUGUCGUCGACUGAUGAGGCUAGAGGAGGCUUAUUUUAUGACGACGGAGAAUCGCUAGGUAAGCGUUGGCCUGCUUUGAAAAACUAA